AUGAAAAAACUAUUAGGAUUCGGCCCGCCCGCGCCGCCGGGGAAGGAGGCCGCGAGCCCCGUCGAGGGCCGCCGCGGUCCCCUGGGUCCCGGCUCCGGUGCCCCCGGCUACCGCUGCCCCGAGCCACAGUGCGCGCUCUCCUUCGCCAAGAAGCACCAGCUCAAGGUGCACCUGGUCACGCACGGGAGCAGUCAAGGCCGGCGGCCCUUCAAGUGCCCCCUGGACGGCUGCGGCUGGGCCUUCACCACCUCCUAUAAGCUCAAGCGGCACCUGCAGUCCCACGACAAGCUGCGACCCUUCAGCUGCCCCGCGGGCGGCUGCGGCAAGAAGUUCACCACCGUGUACAACCUCAAGGCGCACAUGAAGGGCCACGAGCAGGAGAACUUGUUCAAGUGCGAGGUGUGCUCCGAACGCUUCCCCACGCACGCCAAACUCAGCUCCCACCAGCGCAGCCACUUCGAGCCCGAGCGGCCCUACAAGUGUGACUUUCCUGGCUGUGAGAAGACAUUCAUCACGGUGAGUGCUCUGUUUUCCCAUAACCGAGCCCACUUCAGGGAACAGGAACUCUUCUCUUGCUCCUUCCCCGGAUGCAGCAAACAGUACGACAAAGCCUGUCGCCUGAAAAUUCACCUGAGAAGUCACACAGGCGAAAGACCUUUUGUUUGUGACUCCGACAGCUGUGGCUGGACCUUCACCAGCAUGUCCAAACUCCUGCGCCACAAAAGGAAACACGACGACGACCGGAGGUUCACGUGUCCCGUGGAAGGCUGUGGGAAGUCCUUCACGAGAGCAGAGCACCUGAAAGGCCAUAGCAUCACUCACCUGGGCACAAAGCCAUUCGAGUGUCCCGUGGAAGGGUGCUGUGCCAGGUUCUCUGCUCGCAGCAGCCUCUACAUUCACUCCAAGAAACACCUGCAGGACGUGGGAGCCCCGAAAAGCCGUUGCCCGGUCUCCAGCUGCAACAGACUCUUCACCUCCAAGCAUAGCAUGAAGGCGCAUGUGGUCCGACAGCACAGCCGGCGCCCAGAUCUCUUCCCUCAGCUCGGAGCUCCGAGGUCCCUUACACACAGCAGUGAGCUCGGCAGCCCAGGCCAAAGCGAGCUCAACAACAUAGACCUUGCGGCGUUCUUCUCCGAUGUGCCCGGGGACGGCGGACGAGCCACGGGGGCCUCGGAUGAGGCGCUCAGCUCAGGGAUCUUGACUGUUGACGUCACUUCUGUGAGCUCCUCCCUUGGCGGGAACCUCCCUGCAAAUAGUAGUUCCUUGGGGUCCAUGGACCCGCUGGUGUUGGUGGCCCACAGUGACAUUCCUACAAGCCUGGAUGGCCCUCUGGUUCUUGGGACGGCAGCCACAGUGCUCGAGCAAGGCAGCUUCAGUGUGGACGACGUGCAGACUGUUGGUGCAGGGGCGCUAGACUGCCUGGUCGCACUGCCUGUCAAGGACUUGAGUCAGGACCUGCAGGCUUUAACCUCAGGAGGUGACUUAUCAGCCAGCACCGCUGCGUCCACCUCUCCGAGCCCCCCACCUAGAAGCACCAGCAGCCCGGAACUACUGGCGCCCAUCAAAGUGGAACCGGACUUGUACCCGGGCUCCGACCCCGUCAGGCAGCAGGCACAGAGCCGAGGGCCGCCCUGGUCGGCGUCUUGCAGCCCUGUGGAAAAGCACAGUCCUCAGAAAGACAUGGGGCUCAGCGCGGGGACCGGCGCCUUCUAUUUGCUGUGUGACGUUGGGCUGCCUCGAUUCUCUGAGUACAGAUGGUGUGUGGUGAAUGGGUUACAGGAAAGUGGGGGCUCAGCAAGAACUGAUUCCCGAGCCAUUCAUCUAGCCAAGAAAAAAAAGCAGAAAGGAGCUGGGAGCAAUGCAGGAGCCUCGGGGUCUACUCAGAGGAAAGUGAAAGGUGGGAGAGGAAGUCCUGCCCACAUGUACGCAAGCCAGACCGGUUGGCUGUGCGGGAACCUCGUACCCGGGGGAGGUCUGCCAGGACCAGCUCCUGCCGCCGGGGUCCAGUGUGUCCAGGUCCAGUUACUGCAGGAUGACCCCUCAGGCGACACAGUCUCGCCAUUGGUUCUCAGCCCACGGCCUCCUGCCUUCCACUCCCUGUUUGCUCUCGAUGUGCCCGUCUACGUCCUCCAGGAGGUGCUUCCUGCAGCAGGAGGGGCCGCUGGGCCUGAGGACGUGCAGUGCGCGGGGAGCACCAUCAACCUGCAGGACCUGCAGUGACAGCAGCCCUCUGCCCUGGGGACCCGGGGAUGAUGCCUCUGGUCUGUGUCCUCCCGGACUCCACAUGGUUUCUUCUCAGGAGGCCAGCCAAGGUCUUUGGAGACUUGGGGGCACAUUUCUCCAAAAUAUGUUUCUUGCAUCAUAUCAGGAACCCAUUUGGGGCUGUAUUAGCUGAAACUGCCUCAUCUGAGCAGAGUGCUUCGUGAGUCAAGGAUUGCCUCAGGGGCAGAAGCACUUGCCUUUCCCGAACUCAGCUGUGCACGACAGCCUUUGUCCCUUUGAUCUAAGCUGUGGGGCACCUGCUGCAUUAAAAACCAGACUUCUGCAGGAAGUCAGGUAGGGUACAAAUUCCCCAGUCAGGGACGACUGUGUCUGUAGUAAACCUAAGUAGGGUCUUUGAGCUUCUGUGUUUUAGCAUUUGGCCUGAGACAGACCUAGAAACCGUUUUCCCUUUCUGAGCUAACAGGCUAUAUCCCAACCCCUCGGGUGUUUGUAGUUGGGUUGACUUUGUCACCCCACAGGGCAAAAGCGGUCCCAUUGUCCCACUGACAUCAAAUUCAAGUCCGCAUUUUGGCGGGACCAGACGCGUGGCUGGCAUGGGAAGAAAACGAUGAGGGUGAAGAGGGGCACCUGGGCCCUGUUAGCGGGGCCUCGGCACAGACCAGAUAUGAGGCUCAUAAUUCAGUAAUGCUAGAGCUAAAACUUUAAAGGUAAUUUUUCCAAAUUCUGGAUUUGGAUAUUAAUGUUUAAUGAUAACUCAUCCCGAGUUUCUAAAGUCACGUUCAGAGUCCUGCACAUUGCAUGUAGGGCCGGGAGAGUGGCGUGGGUUUGCUGCCAAGGCUGCACAUGUGCGCCUGCUGUGUCCCCAGGUGUUCUUCCAGAUGACUGUCUGGCAGGAGAAGGCGACCUGGUAACCUUGCACAUAUUUAUUUGUGUGUUAGCGGGACUGAUGCAGGGUCACUCAGAUAUGCUGGGGGGUUUUGCCUUGUGCCUUUUGAAGUGCAUGUUUGUUCAGAUGCUGUUUUGGUUCUUGAACUUGGAAUUAUCCAAACUCUGUUUUGUGUUUAUUUCUUGAGUUUCUGGACUUGGGCUUUUGGGAAUGACCCCAGGAUUCGGUUGUGAGUCCUCUGUCCUGCUCUGAGGUGCCGUCUUUCCUGGAAGCCACUCCACCCAAAGGGAUUUGGGCACAUUAGCCUCCAGGUUGCCCAGAAGCCCCCUCUCUCUUCGAAGAGCCAGCCCGCCUGCCAGGGUGGCCUUGGGGGCAAAUGGCCUACUGCCCACACCAUGCUGUCCUUCUGAUGGGAGCAGGGGGCGGGCUACAGGGAUAUUCUCUCAGGGAUAGGUCCCCAGACCUCUCCCUGGAACGCCCCCUGUGAAUGCCCACCUCUGUGAAGUGACUGGUACUGGCUGUCGGUGUUCUGGGCACGAUGUUCCCUGGUGGCAAGGGGCCCCAGUGUCUAGUACGAAUGAAUAAAGUUUUUGUAUAAUCAUG